AUCUACCGGAUUCCUCUCGACUGGCUGGGAGGAUACACAACCGGCAUGGCAGACUGCAUCGUUGUCAACAGCAAAUUCACUGCCGGUAUGAGAGAAAAAAGAAUCUAGCAUUGGCCCUGGAAGCUUUGCAUGAGCUUCGUGGGAGACUUGCUUCUCGUGAGUGGAAUGAAGUUCACCUGGUUAUGGCAGGUGGCUAUGACAAAAGAGUUCUGGAAAACGUGGAGCACUAUGAAGAGCUGAGGAGUAUUACGACGGAGCUUAGUAUUAGCGACAAGGUGACUUUUCUGAGAUCGUUCUCAGAUGAACAGAAAAUCUCCCUUCUUAGUAACUCUGUGUGUGUGCUUUACACGCCAAGCGAAGAACACUUUGGCAUUGUUCCUCUGGAGGCAAUGUAUAUGAGAUGUCCAGUUAUAGCGGUUAAUUCAGGUGGUCCUCUAGAAUCAAUCCUGAAUAACGUUACAGGAUUUUUGUGCGAUCCUCUGCCAACGCAAUUCUCUGAGGCCAUGGAAAAAUUUGUGAGAGAUCCUCUCUUAAAAGACACAAUGGGAGCAGCUGGGAGAGCCAGAGUUAUGGAAAAAUUUUCAUCAGAAGCAUUCUCAGAACAGCUGUACCAAUACAUAUGCAGAUUAACACAAUAAAAUUAUAUUCCUGUAUUAUA